AUGGAUGUUUAUGAACAUGUAAUCAAUCAUGGCUUUCUAAAAGGUUAUAUUCAUUGGAUCUUUCAUGGUGAGAAAGACAACCCUUCUAACCCUCUAUGUGCAUCUGAAGUAGAACACGGAUUUGAUCAUGACAUGGAUGCAUUAAUUCAUGAUGCAUUUCCAAUGCAUACGAAUAGCGAUAAUGAUGAUGAUGCAUAUACAAAUAUAGAGGACAGGGGUCCUGAAGCAUUCACAAACAACCAUAAUGCUCAACAAUCUGAAGAGGAUGAUAAUUCAAAAAAGUUCUUUAAGUUAUUGAAGGAGGCAGAGCAAAAUCUUUAUCCCGGUUGUAAGUUCUCAAAACUAUCCUUCAUCGUACACUUGUACCACUUAAAGUGUAUGAAUGGAUGGACUGACAAAAGCUUCUCAAUGUUGCUAGAACUGUUAAGUGAUGCAUUUCCUGAGGAAAAUACUUUGCCUAAGUCAUUUUAUGAGACAAAGAAGAUUAUUUCGGGGUUGGGUUUAUCAUAUGAAAAAAUUCAUGUUUGUCCAAACGAGUGUAUAUUGUAUUGGAGGGAUUUGGCUCAUCUUAAUGUUUGUCCUAAAUGUGGUCUCUCAAGAUGGAAAGUUAACUCAGAUGAUGUGGAAGGUAGAAAAAAGAUACCUUUAAAGGUUCUUCGUUGGUUUCCUCUUAAGGCUAGAUUACAAAGACUUUUUAUCUCAUCGAAAACAGCUUCUUUUAUGACAUGGCAUAAAGAUAAUCGAUCUAAAGAUGGACUCAUGAGACAUCCAGCUGAUUCUUUUGCUUGGAAGGAUUUUGAUCGUCGAUAUUCGGAUUUCUCUCGUGAUGCUCGUAACGUUCGACUAGGUUUAGCUUCUGAUGGCUUUAAUCCUUUCAAAACCAUGACAAUUUCUCACAGCACUUGGCCUGUUGUCUUGAUUCCAUAUAAUCUUCCACCGUGGAUGUGUAUGAAGCAACCAAACUUCAUACUCUCGUUGCUUAUUCCUGGUCCAAAAGGUCCAGGUAAUAAUAUUGAUGUAUAUAUGCAGCCUCUUAUCGAAGAAUUAAAGGAAUUAUGGGAAAUUGGAGUCAGAACCUUUGAUGCAUGUAAAAGGGAGUCAUUUCAAAUGCGUGCUGCGAUCAUGUGGACUAUAAAUGAUUUCCCAGCCUAUGCAAAUUUGUCAGGUUGGAGUACGAAAGGUCGAUAUGCUUGUCCAUGUUGUGGUUUUGACACAACCUCUAAGUGGUUGCGUUAUAGUAGAAAGUUUUGUUAUAUGUGUAAUCGGCGUUGGUUAGAGCCUGGCCAUAAAUGGAGAUACAAUAAAGGACAUUUUGAUGGAAACCAAGAGUUUCGAGCUCCACCUGAGCUACCCAAUGGAACUAUUGCUUUGAAACAAAUGGAAGAACAUGGAAUUGGGACACCGUCACCAUGGAAAAAGAAAUGUAUUUUGUUCACAUUGCCUUAUUGGGAAUAUAAUGUUCUUCGUCAUAAUCUUGAUGUGAUGCAUAUUGAAAAAAAUGUAUGUGAUAACAUCAUUGGAACCUUGCUGCAUUUAGAACGAAAGUCAAAGGAUAACGAUAAGGCACGUUAUGACCUUAUAGACAUGAACAUAAGAAGUCAGCUACACCCAAGGAUACAUCAAUGUAAUGGUAAAAAGUAUUUGCCUAGAGCUUGUUAUCAGAUGACAUCAAAGGAGAAAGAAUCAUUCUUGGAAGUGCUGAAGAAUUUGAAAGCUCCAGAUGAAUAUUUGUCUAGUAUUCCAAGAUGUGUGCAAGUGAAGCAACGCAAAAUAUCUGGCCUCAAAAGCUAUGACAAUCACCUUCUAAUGCAAGAGUUUCUUCCAAUAGCUAUGAAAGGUUGUUUGCCCGACAAAGUGACUAAAGUUAUAAGUGAGCUUUGUAAUUUCUUCAAAGAGCUAUGUGGCAAGGUGCUUAAUGAGCAUAAUUUGGAGGACUUGGAGCAUCUGUAA